AUGCUAGAUUGGAUACGCGAUAAUCUAAAAGACCUAAAGCCGAAAGACUUCUACCAAGCGUUCAACUUCUCACACACUUCACGAAGGUUUGCCGAAGAAAAAUUGCGAGAGCUCCUCAUGAUAAUCAAGGAUGGGAGAAAUAGUUCCAAUCGCAAUAGAGCGAUUUGUCUGUUAGAUUCUUUCGAGAUUAAGGAAGAUAAAUCCGAACAACAAACCCCGGAAAACAAGGAUUGUAACGAUGAGAUCAACGAUUUCUUUGACAAUUCCUCUGGAACUGAAAAACA